GAGUGGGUAGCCACUCUGGUGCACUCUGGUGGUUCUUCCAACGGCGUCACUGUUGCUUGGUCUCCAACAGUCCAACUGUGGCAUUGUAGCUCCUGCAAGCUUCAGCGAAAACACAGCAAACUCCUCAAGUCCCAGUGGAUUUAUCUAAAUGGACACGUCCGGAUACUUUACUUCUGAAAGUCUUUUUUUGCUUUAUGUUAACGCUUCCCGGAUUCGUGAAAGUGCUGUCACUUCUUGAACUAAUAUUGUUUCAGCUUUGUGGACACUUGUGGAAACAUCUUUUUUAGAGAACAUGCUUUGGUUGCCCGCACCAGAAGAACUUGCACUAAAAAACCAAUCUUGGUCAUCACAUCGGGAAACAUGGAAAGCCACUACUGCCUUUUGAACACAGCCAAACAGCAGCUGUGAAAUGUAAGCAGCAACUGCAAAGUCAAGAAUAACUAUUAUCUAGUGAGCAGAUUUAUGAUGCUUGUAAGGAAAGCAGAUUUUUCAGUUUUGUUAACGUGAGAAAAACAACCUGUAGCUUAUUAUAAUGGAUGGCAACUUGAGCACUCUUGCCUCCUAUGUGCUCAACAGAACUGAUACGUACCACGAUGCGGCGGGCCCCUGGAGCCUCAUUGUUCUGGUCAUCAUCAUACUGACCAUAGUGGUAGGAAACCUGCUGGUGAUCAUCGCUGUUGCUCGUACUUCACAGCUACAGACGACCACAAACAUUUUCAUUAUGUCCCUGGCGUGUGCUGACCUCAUCAUGGGGGUCCUCGUAGUGCCUCUGGGGGGCACUAUAGUGGUGACGGGAAACUGGCAGCUCAGUGACACGUUCUGUGAGUUCUGGACCUCUGUGGACGUCCUGUGUGUGACGGCGAGCAUCGAGACGCUCUGCAUCAUAGCAGUGGAUCGAUAUAUAGCCAUCACGAGGCCUCUCAGGCACAAAGUUCUCCUCAAUAAGUGGCGUGCCAGGGUAAUUGUUUGCCUAGUGUGGCUAGUGUCCGCUUUAAUUUCCUUUGUACCGAUUAUGAACGGGUUUUGGAAAGAUGAUGACGAGGAGGCAGUAAAGUGCUACAAGACAACUACAUGCUGUGACUUUGUGACCAAUAGGGCCUUUGCUAUUAUAUCUUCUAUCGUGUCUUUUUAUAUUCCACUGCUCAUAAUGAUAUUUGUUUAUGCAAAAGUUUUUCUAAUAGCCACACGGCAGGUUCAGCUCAUAGAUAAGAAUCGCCUGCGUUUCCAGAAUGAUUGUCUAACAGUGCAGGUUAGCCCCUACAUCAACAAUAUCCUGCCAAACGCGUGUCCAGCCCCGAGCACCUUGCAAAGAAAGAGCGCCAAGCGGCGGCCUUCACGGAUGAUGCUCGCCAAAGAGCACAAGGCCCUGAAGACCUUAGGGAUCAUCAUGGGGACCUUCACUGUGUGCUGGCUGCCGUUCUUUGUGGCCAACAUCAUCAACGCAUUUAAAAGAGAUAUUCCCUCAGAGAAGAUCUUCAGACUGUUAAACUGGCUGGGUUACAUCAACUCUGGCCUCAAUCCUAUCAUCUACUGCAGGAGUCCGGAGUUUCGCACCGCGUUCAAGAACCUGCUGGGAUGUCCGUGGCUGCUGUCCACCCUGCGGCCAAAUAGUUUUUAUAAAGAGCUGAGGACUCGCUGCUCCUGCUUCCUAUGGCAGGCUGAGGCGGGCACAGCCAGCUAUUUCCAGAAGUCUCCGAAGAGUAAGAGCGAUGGCUGUGAGAGUCUGGGCAGCAGUAUUGGAAGCAGCAAAAGUGACAAGGCUUCCCCUGGUCCUCUGCGCUCCAAUGGCAGCACACAGUUCAGCGAAUUAUCAGAACCAGAAACCACAUUCUUCACAUUGCAGGAGAAGGAUUGAUGAACUGUCUAAUGUCAAGCUACUGAAGCAAACUGCAGUUGGUUCCCCGGACGUUACUGUGCGUCCCUGCUAAGGCUGGAGGAGCUGAGGAAACGUCCAACCACUGAUAACCCCGAAGAGAAGACGGGAUUGACUGUAGAGAAAAAAGCGGAUUGGGUCUGAAGGGGACAUGUCUCUGAGGACAGGAAAUGGAUGCUGCAGCUCGAAUAACGGACAAUAAGUGACACCAAAGUAUCCUGAAUGAGACGAUGAUGUUUUAAACGCAUACCAGGUAACCUUUGGACACAGUGUAUGUGACUUGUGGUGUCAAAAGUACGAGCUAAUUUUGUACAGUAUAUUAUCUGGUAAGUUAUCUAUUUAUGAUACACUGAAUACAACAUUUUCUAACUUAAUACAAAGUGGUGGUUCUGCUAUGGUCGUCACAGUCACGGAGCUUACACACGGCGGCGUGCGUUGAAGCUUGCCGGCGGGCGUGUCUGACGCUCGACCAACAACCAAUCACAUGAAUCUCCCGCCCCGAACACACAAGCAGCGGUUUGAUUGGCUAGAGCUUGUACUGGCAUAUGAUUCGAUUGGCUGACGCUUCCGUCGAAGCUUCAAAAGUAGAACAUUGCUCUACUUUUGAAGCGAGCAACUAAAGAGCAGAUCGCGUUCACACCGGAAUAAGUCCCAGAAGGAGGAUUAGGCAAAUGAAGCCGCUAACGUCACUUCUUCUUCUUCUGCUUUGAGUUUACUGGCAGGCCGCAAACAACUUCACGGCGUAUACUGCCACCCGAAGUCCCCGGCCGGAAGUCCACGGAGUUGGGGACUGGCUUCAGUAGAACGCCAUGUGUGAGCUCCGUCAGUGUAAUAUGAGCUAAACUAAAGGGCUGUGCAUUUAAAUGUUCAAUUCUGAUGUAUGUCUUCAGUCUUAAUCUUUCUGUUUCAAGCGUUAAAGUCACACAAUACUAUCCUUUUUAAAUCCAGUAGGGUUAUGGAUUUUUUUUCAAUUCUGAUUGACUGGCUGGUAAAUAUGUUAUUGGCGCAACCUUAACAUAAGUUCUCUAAACAUUAACAGUCAUUAUAAAUAUUUUUCUAAAAAGGUACAGUGUUACAAAUUACAGGUGACCAUAAGAAAACAGGUUUGCUACAUGCUAUGUUAUCAGUCACUCCCUACCUUGGUAUAAGCUCAAUAACACACUCUGAAAUGUCCAAAUAUAGAGAAAUAAUGGACCGGAUGGAUGAAAAAACAUUAUUUUUUAUAAUAUAUUAUAUCCGGACACCUUGUUGUGUGUUAUUAUGCACAUCAUCUGUUGCAUUGAGAAAUAAAACCUUAUGAAACUGUGUAAUAUUGUUCAUGUAUGCUCUGUAUGCAAAUUCACUGCCACAAAAAAUGAGUGCAAUAUGUUGACAUUUUAAAACUACUGAGUUUAUAGCAUUAAAAUAUUUUACUUUGAAACCGA